AUGAUCACUCUACUGGAAAGCAAACCCGACAAAGAACCUUCCUGCACACAAAGGCCUUGGCGGGUGUUUGCCUUCAAAUUUGAUCUGCAGGAUGUCAGCAUACAUUUUGCUGUACCGCCAGACUGGCCGUCUCUUCGGGCGCGACCGACAGACGGCGCCGGUGGUUGUGUCAACUUCUGUCGUCUGGAUUUUAUUCGGUCGCAGCUGGCCUACGAGAAAUUCUCGGAUGACCGUCGCAACACAGAGCUCUCCUGCUCUGCUGUCAACUUCGGUGACGCGCGGUUUGACGAUCUUGUCGAGUCUCCUCCGAUUCUCUUCACCACAAUUUUGACUUCGAUAAAUCCCACGGAGGAACUUACUUCGGCACAACGUCAGUCACAACUCCCACAGUUUCGUAUAACUAACGUGGAGAACCCCAAUCACUCCUGCAUGACGUACUAUCUUCGAUCAAUGCGUCUUAUCCUUGCCUUUGACUGGAUCUGCGAUUUGCAUCGUUUUCUCACGACCCCACCAGACUCGGCGUUCCAGCUCGACCAGCCUACCGGUACGAACAAUGCGUCUAUUGAGUCUGUGUCCUCGCUUCCUGACACCAGCAAACCGGCGUCGCCUGAAACCUCAGAACUUCGUCUGUACGCGGAUCAAUCGGAAUUUGUUCUUCUUGAAAAUCCCUCUGACGCGGAAACAAACGCCGUUAUCCUUGCG